GGCCCCUCGGCGCCACUUCCGGCAGUGCGCGACAUGGCCACGGGCCGGGACCGCGGGGACUUGGCUGCACGGCAGCUGGUGUUCCUACUUCCAGAGUAUUUAAAAGAUGCCUCGAAGAAGAUGAAGAGUGGCAUCCUGUUUGUCAAACUGGUCAACCCGCGCUCAGGGGAAGGAGCCAUGUACUUACUCGACAUGUGUCUACAGCAGCUGUUUGAAAUAAAAGUUUUCAAGGAAAAACACCAUUCUUGGUUUAUAAAUCAAUCAGUUCAAUCAGGGGGGCUUCUCCACUUUGCCACACCCAUGGAUCCUCUGUUCCUGUUCCUUCACUACCUCAUAAAGGCUGGCAAAGAGGGAAAGUAUCAGCCCUUGGAUCAGGUUGUAGUGGAUGACAUGUUUCCGGAUUGCACCUUGCUGCUGAGAUUUCCUGAGCUUGAGAAAUCACUUCGGCAUGUGACAGAGGCAAAAGAAGUAAACAGCAAGAAGUACUAUAAAUAUAGCACAGAGAAGACACUGAAGUGGCUGGCUAAAAAGGUUAACCAAACUGUGGCAGCUUUGAAAGCCAAUAAGGUCAAUGUCGGAGCCCGGGUACAGUCAUCUGCAUAUUUCUCUGGUGAUAAGGUUUCCAGGGACAAGGAAGAAGAUUAUGUUCGAUAUGCCCAUGGUCUGAUCUCUGAUUACAUCUCUAAAGAACUAAGUGAGGAUUUGUCUAAGUUCUUGAAGCUUCCAGAACCUCCAGCUGCAUUGCCAACCCCUCCAUCAAAGAUGCCAGCACAAAGACGAAAAAGGGGCAAGUGACAAGUGAUGCAGCCCACGCCAGGCUCGGCUGCUUCCUGUGCAACCUAAGAUGUCGCAAAGUUUUCUGUUCUUUCAAAAGCACUCUGCACCUUCAAGAAGACCACCAGGGGCCUGUAGCAUCUGUUAAUGGACCAGUGAUGAAUGUGCCAUCUCUUAGUUCGACCAUGGAUGUGCUGUGAGAUCUCGGCUCAGUGUUCUGUGCUGCACUUAGUUCAAGCUACCCUUGAGUGUGGAUCUGAGGAGUGCAGCUGCCUCGGACUUCAAAAUGUCCAGAAGAGAAGGCUUCCUGGGAAACCAAGGUCAUUCCUCCAGCCUGACUUGUUGGCUUCCCACUUUUGUUGAGGUGCCUUGACAGAAGCACACGAGUCCACACUACAGGCUCCAGCAAACCAACUCUCAGCCUUUUAAAAUACUUACCCGAAACCUGACCUUCUCUCCUUCUUACCAACUUGGCAGCUUCCAAUACAAUAAUGAUGCCCAAAUAUGUACAUUUUAUAACUUCUUAGAGUUAUAAACAUGGCUUUGUUUUUAAAAGAUUUGUCCAGCAUGUGUAUUAGUCUGAUCUCUUAGAGCCAGGACAGAGUAAAUGAGAGAGAAUUGGGAAUGAAUGCCAAAAAGCAGUUUGGGGGAGCAUGCUCAGCAAGGCUCUUUUAAGGAGGCAGCGGGAGGUUUGGGGCAGAAAUGUCUGAGGUUCAGGUGACUGUUGCACUGGGCACACAGCAGGGCAGGCUGGCUGCUGCUCAGCUGACCUCCCUUGUUCACAGAGCACCCCAGCCUCUUCAGAGAACAGUCCUGAGUUCUGACUCUCAGCCAAGCUGAGCCUCAUUCCCCAGCAGUCUCAUUUCCCCUUGCCUCCUUCCCAACAUGGAAAUGAUGGUGAACACUGGUGCUUUGGCAGCUGAGAAAUGAAUCUGCCUCUCCAAAUCCAACUCUACAGAGCCAGUGUGGAGGGCUGGGUUAUAGCUCAGUUGGAAGACUGCCUGCCUAGCAUGGAGGAGGCCAUGGGUUUGAUCCCCAACAGCACCACGUAAACCUACAGUGCCAGCACUAAGGAGGUGGAGACAGGAGAACGAGGAAUUUCAAGGACAGUCUCAGCUGCACACAAAGUUAGAGACCAAGCUGGAAUGUAGAUGAUCCUGCUUCAGAAAGAGUACCAACUAUUCGCAACACACGCUUAGAGAGAACCAUGCAGACAAGCAAAGAUUCAGCUUCACUUUGGGACUUUGUUGUUGUAGUGGUGGUGGUGGUGUGUGUGUAUGUCUAUGUGUGUAUAAGCAUGUGUUUGGGGGGAUGAGUGUCUGUGUGUGUGCAUGUGUGUGUGUAUAUCUGUGUGGUUGGUGUGUCUGUGUUUGUGUGUGUGUGCAUGCAAAUGGGUGUAAGAAUUAUGGGUGUGUUUGUAUGUGUGCAUGUUGCCUGGAGCCCAAAGGACAGCCUUCAGUGCCCAUCCUCAUCUUCCCACUGUCUCAUUACUGUGUAAGCCAACCAGCUGGCUCCAACCUUCUAUGGAGUCUCCUGUCUCUGUCUCCUGUAUUUGCCUGCUGUGUCCAGCUUUUACCUGGGUAUCCAUACUCAGGACAUCAGGCUUGAGGAGCAACUGUUGUACUCACUGAGCUGACUCCCCAGCCUGUAUAACACUUUUAAUAGAUGUAAUUCAUGAGGAGAUAUAAAUUGGAAGGAAAAUUAUUGGAGAGAAAUAAUUUCAAGUUUUUGUAUUGAAAGUGUAAGUGGUAUUUCUCCACCUCUUUUGGAAAUGUUCUAUAUAAAUAAACAUGUAUAACUUAUGUCAGAAGAGCUGAAAAA